AUGUUGCGGAAGUUGUUGCUAUCGUCAAAGAUAUUAUUAUUGAUUCUGUUCUAUUGUUGGGCACAGGAUGAUCCAUGUACGGCACGCCGCUCACCAAAGAAAUUGUCGAACGCCAUAGACGAUUGUAGAGCCGACAAUGCGACCGCAAAAGUGUGUAACGACCGUGGCCAGUGCAUUUGUGGUUUUUGCGAGUGUUUUUAUCGGACCAAUCCAACGGAAAGGAUUUAUGGGAAAUAUUGCGAGUGCGACAAUUUUUCGUGCGAGCGCGUUAAUUCACGGCUGUGCAAUGGUCAUGGGAUUUGUUCAUGCGGUACCUGUCAUUGCUCACCAGGAUGGACCGGUACUGGUUGCGAUUGCAGCACGUCCACUACUAGUUGCAUAGAUCCAGAAAAUAACGAUGGACUUUGUAAUGGUCAUGGAGAUUGCGUUUGCGGGGAAUGUAACUGUCAGGAGGAUCAAGAUGGAAGAUAUACUGGCAGAUAUUGUCAAAGAUAUAAGACAAAAAUGAACCUUCUAUCUUAA